AUGUGGAUGCUGAGCACUGCUCGCGCGGAGCUGCACUUCUUCUCCGACCCGUCAGCCGUACCCGGUGGCUACUGCAUUCUCUCUCACACCUGGUUCGGCCAAGAGCAGUCAUUCCAAGAGAUUCAAGAUAUCAGCAGGGCAUGUGCCCCGGACAACACCAACCCACGCGACUCGGUGUCGGAGAAGAUCCGAAAGUGCUGUCUCAAGGCGGAGGAGUACGACCUCGACUGGAUCUGGAUCGAUUCCUGCUGCAUCGACAAGACGAGCAGCACGGAGCUUUCGGAGGCCAUCAAUUCCAUGUUCAGCUGGUACGUCCUCGCCGAAGUCUGCUUCGUCUUCCUCGAGGAUGUUCCGGUGGACGACGACUUCUACGCCGAAGAUUCUGCAUUCCGGAGGGCGAGGUGGCAUAGACGGGGAUGGACGUUGCAAGAGCUGCUCGCGCCAGCCUUCAUGAUCUUCUUCUCGAAGGAGUGGGAGCGGAUUGGGACAAAGCAAGACCUCGCACGCCUUCUGGACGAAGUCACCGGGGUCGCGCUCCCUUUCCUCGUCCGGGACCUGUCCUUCUUGGACGACGCGUCGGUCUCGGAGCGUAUGCACUGGGCCUCGCGUCGGAACACCACUCGGGUCGAAGACGAAGCGUACUGCCUACUUGGUAUCUUCGACAUCAAGAUGACAACUCUGUAUGGGGAAGGCCAGCAAGCUUUCAGGCGUCUGCAGCAGGAAAUUGUCAAGAGAUCGCCCUCUGAGACCUCGAUCUUAUCAUGGGGU